AGGUGACACUCCUCGGUGUGAUGUCACAGUUGUUGCCUCCUACUCCCCUGUGGCAGCGGUGGGAGCGGUGGCCCAGUCUCUUGUGAGAGGCGCAGGAAGAGGACCCAGAGAGAGCAUUGUGUCUAUCUGGAGAUAUCCUGCUGUGAUGGAGCGGCUGAGAGCCCUUCGAGGUCUCUUUGCCUGUGUGGGCUGCGUGCCCAGAGGUACACGUCGCAGGGAGAGAGGCAGGGUGGCAAGCCCUGUCCCUGCCUGUGCCGUGACUUUGCUGCUGCAGCGCCUGCAAGACCAGGAGGGUGACCGAGCGCAGGCGUACUGCGAGCUGGAGCACGUCCUGUGGGAAGGUGACAGCCGCCCGCCGUGCGGAGUGCUGAACCGGCUGCUGGCUGAGGUGUCCCAGGACCUGACAGCAGCCCAGGGCGUGCCAGACAGCGUGCGGAUGGCUGCCAGCAAUGUCCUGGUGGCUCUGGCCCGGACACACUUCACCUUGGUGAUGGCCGAGCUCCAGGGCCACCUGAAGGCUGCGGGGGAGAUGUCCAAGGAGUUUGUGCUCGUCACCCUGAGCAAGCUGUUCACCAGCUACGCUCCACAGUGCAUCUCCUUCAUGUGGCUGAUGCUGGCCGGCCUGCGCAGUGUGGUGGGCUGGGUGAGAGGCGGCCGGACCCUGCGCAUUGCUUGUGCUGUUGUGAAACAAUGGCUGGAAGGAGUCAAGGUUCACUUGGGCUCUGGAAAGCAAUGCCCCUGGCCUGCCAUAGAGAUCGAGAAGAUCUACAAGAAUCUUUCCCAGCUCUUCUGCUCUGUGCUGAGGAACUGGCAGGACUGCCAGGAGGAAGAGGACAAACAGGCUGUCCUCGGGGCUGUGGCUACCAUGAUGGCUGUCCUCCUGCAAGAGGAGCUGCCCCGAGAGCACGUUUGGGAGCAGCUCCUCUGGCUCGUGCGCCUGUAUCAGGAGGUCCAAGACACCUGCAGGGGGACCAAGAGCCUCACUAUCUUCCUGGAGGCCUUAGAGGGAUUUCAAUCGGUCAUCCCUAAGGACAAGUUUCUGGCCAUCACCAGUGCUGUGUUCUACCAGCUCUCUGAUGACACCAAGGAGCACAGCGAGGCUGACAGAGCAGAGCUGACCCACUGCAUCCUGCUGCAGGCCCGGAUCUGCCCCGAGGAAACGGUCCUGUUUCUGCAGUCACAGCUGGGAGCUGACAGGAAGGCUGGAUGCGUGGCAGCCCUAGGUCUGCUUGGUGCUCUGGCUCGCUCUGAUGAGCCCAUGAUGACAAAGAAGCUGCCCCAGGUUGUGGAGGCUGUACAGUGUCUGUGCAGCGACCCCAGGACCCAGGUGAGGAGGGCCAUUCUGCACUUCAUCAAGGAUGUGCUCAGUGCUAACGCCCGGAGCUGCUCCGCCUGGGAUGUGGUGGGGCACAUCUUCAGUGAGUUCAGCCGCUCCACGGGAAGAAGGGCAGCUGGAGACCUUUCUGCCCAGGAAGCCCGGGAAGAAGGAGCUCUCCAAGAGCUGUGCAUGGACAUCCUGGGGUCACUGGAUGUCUCUGUGAGAGGGAUGACCAAACUCCUGUGGCCACGGCUGCUGCUGUAUGUGGUGCCAGCCCAGUACACCGGCAUGCUGAUCCCAGUCUCCCGCUGUGUCCAAGCGCUGGCUGAGAGAGGGGACCUGAUGGUGCGGGAGGUAGAAGACCUGGAUCCCCAUUUCCUCAGCUCCAUGUUUCAAGGCCCACUGCUGACUCCCCAGACACUGCUGGCACGCCUGUUGGUGGUGGCAGGGAGCCCUUUUGCAGGCAGCGAACUCCAAGCCGCUGCCUUGCUGCUCAUGCUAAACCUCCACAGCAGGAUCCACAGGGCUGUGGGGGCCAUGUGGGCCGCUGAGAUCCCCCUGCUGCUGCAGUGCCUCCAAGGGAAAGAUGAGAGCUUCCCGGACUCUGCAGAGUGGGAGCAGCGCCUACUAAAGUUCCUGAGGGCAUCAUUGGACACCAUGGAGGAUGAGGCCUGGACCAAGGGCCUGAGCUGCGAGCUGAGCCGGUGGCUGAGCAGCUCUGCCAGCAGCUCUGGAGAAAAGUCUUUCCUGUACAAGGCUCUGGGGACAGUGCUGGGAGCUUGUAAGGAAGUCCUCCACAUCCAAGAGAAGCUUCUGCAACACCUGGAGGAAGCAAACGCGGAGGAGCCAUCUGAGGCCCAGGGAAUGAUCUCCCUUCUCAGCCAUGCCGCUGAGAGCAACUUCCACACAGUCCUGGACACACUCACCAUGUUUGCGUCCAGGCUGUGCAAAGGCCAAAAGGGGAGGAUUUCCAGACGCAAGAAGAUGGAGCUGGACAGCAGAAGAGCUCACGCCACACGCAGCGCUCUCAUCCUCGCCCAUGGCAGCUUGGCACUGCGAGCCUCCAAGGAACAGCUGCUCGCCCGCCUGGAGGGAGACAUCGUGGGCAACAUCCUGCUGCUCUACAGCUGCAGCUGCCGGGACUUGCAGAACACGCUCGCGCUGGUGCAGAGCAUCACUGACUUCAGCUCUGCUUUCCAAGCUGUGGGUGACUCUGCCUGCUUUAACCCCUCCUUGAAGGGCAAGCUGCUGGAGAUCCUGACGGAGUUGCUGAAGAAGUAUUACUUGGGCACCCCUGUAUCCCCAGUGCCCCUCAAGGUGGUUCUGGCCCUGGAGCAGUUGAGCAAGCUGAAGCCCUCUUUAGGAACCAAGGACAUGUGUGACAUGCUGAGUCUGUGCUGCAAGAAUGUUGUGUUGCACCCUUCAGCAGAGAUGAUGCUGAAGAUCAGGAAGUCACAGCAAGCAGCUCAGUACCUGCAGCUUCUGCAAACAUCACUGAAAGCUCUGGGCCGGCUCAUGGUGGUCCUGCUCGAGACAGAGACCAGUGGCUUCUUCCAGAACAUAGUCCAUAGAUCAAUGACGUCAGACAACAUGUGGGAGCGCAAGAGGGCCCUGCAGAUCUGCUCCCAGCUGCUGGCUGCUUGUGAAGAGCUUCGAAGAGGAGAUGCCUGCAAGCACUUUGGCUCCUUGGUGGGAUUGCUGGCGCCUCUGACGUGUGACCCCAUGCCCCACAUCCCGCCAGCUGGCUCCAAGGCGACCAAUGGAGUCAUCAAGAUGGGUGACAUCGGGAGCCUGUGUGAGGGGCUGAAUGACCACAGCACCGUCUGUCAGCUCCAGACCUCUUCCAAAAUUGCGCGGAUUGUGUACAGGAACUUCCCCCUGGAAGACACCAUCGACUUCAUGAUGGCCAUCAAGGAUGCCUUCCGGAAGGCCAAAGGAACGCGUGUGCCACUGACCAACUACAUCCUGCGCAGCUGCACGUCGUUUCCGCAGCACAGCACGUUCAUGCCAUUCCUGUCCCAGGCGGUGGUCAUCCUCACCCGCUGUCAGGCAGACGUCACGACUGACAGCUUCUUUCCGGCUGCUUGGAGCCCACAGACAGAGGGAUUUCAAUCGGUCAUCCCUAAGGACAAGUUUCUGGCCAUCACCAGUGCUGUGUUCUACCAGCUCUCUGAUGACACCAAGGAGCACAGCGAGGCUGACAGAGCAGAGCUGACCCACUGCAUCCUGCUGCAGGCCCGGAUCUGCCCCGAGGAAACGGUCCUGUUUCUGCAGUCACAGCUGGGAGCUGACAGGAAGGCUGGAUGCGUGGCAGCCCUAGGUCUGCUUGGUGCUCUGGCUCGCUCUGAUGAGCCCAUGAUGACAAAGAAGCUGCCCCAGGUUGUGGAGGCUGUACAGUGUCUGUGCAGCGACCCCAGGACCCAGGUGAGGAGGGCCAUUCUGCACUUCAUCAAGGAUGUGCUCAGUGCUAACGCCCGGAGCUGCUCCGCCUGGGAUGUGGUGGGGCACAUCUUCAGUGAGUUCAGCCGCUCCACGGGAAGAAGGGCAGCUGGAGACCUUUCUGCCCAGGAAGCCCGGGAAGAAGGAGCUCUCCAAGAGCUGUGCAUGGACAUCCUGGGGUCACUGGAUGUCUCUGUGAGAGGGAUGACCAAACUCCUGUGGCCACGGCUGCUGCUGUACGUGGUGCCAGCCCAGUACACCGGCAUGCUGAUCCCAGUCUCCCGCUGUGUCCAAGCGCUGGCUGAGAGAGGGGGACCUGAUGGUGCGGGAGGUAGAAGACCUGGAUCCCCAUUUCCUCAGCUCCAUGUUUCAAGGUAGG